GCGUGCGCAUGCGCUCGGAGCAGAGGCCUGCCGGAAGCCAAGAUGGCGUACGAGUGGUCUCCUGGCCCCAGUUGGCGCCUUGUCAGUAUCUGAGAGGGGUGUUUGAGAAGGGGCUGUGGAAAACUCCCGUUCGCCGCCAUGGCCCGACAUCGGAACGUCAGAGGCUAUAAUUACGAUGAAGAUUUUGAAGAUGAUGAUCUGUAUGGUCAGUCUGUGGAGGAUGAUUACUGUAUUUCUCCAUCAACAGCUGCUCAGUUUAUUUACUCACGACGUGACGAACCUUCAGUUGCUGAACCUGUAGAAGAAUAUGAUUAUGAAGAUCUGAAACAACCUUCCAACUCCAUUUCAAGCCAUCAGCUAAGUGAAAUUGAUCAAGCUCGUCUUUACUCAUGCCUUGAUCACAUGAGAGAGGUGCUUGGAGAUGCUGUGCCAGAUGAAAUACUGAUUGAAGCGGUACUGAAAAAUAAGUUUGAUGUACAGAAGGCUUUGUCAGUGGUUCUAGAACAAGAUAACCUGCAGAAUUUGAAGGACGAGAGUGAUGGAGUCGUAUCUUCAGGAAAGACAGCAAAAGGAGUCUUAUUUUCUUCCUCUGAAAUUUCAGCCGAAAAUACUCAAAAUUCUUACUUUCAGUCAGGAAAGCAUUUGAAUUGCAGUAGCAAAUCCUUUGAUUUUUCUAGUUCAGUAGCAAAAUAUGGAUUGUAUCAUAAGCCUUUAGUGGUACCAAGUCACUGUUUACCCCACAGAAAACAGAAACUUGAAAGACCCCAAAGUGAAAAGAAACUAGAAUCAUGUAAGUUAACAAGAGAGCUUUCAGUAGCUGACUUAAUUCAUAAUAUACCAAGAGAUUCGUGCACAAGUCAGCCAUCAGUCAGAUUAUCAUCCAAAGAUAGUUUGGAAAAUCUGCUUUCGAAAAAUCCACAUGCUAAUUUGUUGAGCCAUCAAGUAUUGGAUUGUGUUUCCAAAGAUGAUUCUGCAUUCAGAGGAAUACCAGACUUAGAGUCAUUAAUGAUAAAGAACACACGACCUAAUAACUCAAAUAAUUUGCCACCUGAUUUCCAAAACAUUCCAGAACAAAGCAAUUUGGCAAGUUUAAAUAAUCAUAUACAGUUAACUAGCUCAUUGGAAAAUAUGACUCUUGAUAAUCUAAAUACUGAUAAAGAGGUUGAACUUGGAAGUAUUUCUUUGGUUGGGCCAAGUGCCAAGAAUCACAUUUUAAAAAAGGACAGUUCACAGUUGUCCCAGCGUGGAAGUACAUCCCUGGCUGAACUGUUUCAGGAACAGCAAGAGACCAGUCCAAGUCAAUGUUUAACUUUAUCUGAUCUUUGUAGCCAGCAUUCAUCUUCCAGUUUCUCAGAUUUAAGUUUGGGAUCCUUUCCCCUGUCACAGUUGGCAAACCACUGUCAGUCUUCAACUGAAAUAUCAGAGUUAUCAGGAUCUCUGUCAUCUUUGGCAUUUCAUAAAACUUCUCCCACAAGAGACCUUGAGAAUUUGUCACUUUCUGAUUUGAUUGCAGAGACAAUUGCUGUAGACAGCUCUCAGAUUAAGAAAGAUUCUUUGGAGCGAAGUUCAUCUGAAAUGAAGUCUCCUGGGAUAGAUUCAAAUAUUGAUCUUAGUGUCCUUAUAAAAACAUCAGAUUUUGUUCCAAAGCCUGUGGUAGAUGAAUUAGUUCCUCCAACAUCAUCAGGAACUAAAGUUUUAAGUUCAAGGGUAGGGAAAAAUUCCAGUUCCAUUAAGGAUAUUAAGAAAAACAAAAAAGGCUCUCUGAGUAGAAGAACACCAUUUUCUGUUUCUUGGACCAAGGCCCUUGCUGCUAGACCUUCAGCUUUUGCUUCAACACUGUGUCUUCGUUACCCACUGAAAGGCCACAAGCGACGUGCCAUUGACCUCUACAAGACUUUUCUUUACAGUAGACAGGUCCAGGAUGUAAAGGACAAAGAAAUAAGUCCUCUGGUAGCAAUAACACCAUUUGACUUCAAAUCACCAUCUCCUGAUGACAUUGUAAAAGCUCAUCAAAAGCAAGCAUUUACUAGAGAAUAGUAACAAAAGGAAAACCUCAUUACUGUUGUAGAGCUUUUUAUUUAAAAUUAAUGUAGUCUUUAUAGGAUCACUUCAUAUUAUGGGAUUCAAGGUGUGAAUUUUAUAUUAAAAUUAUUUUAGGUCAGUUGAUAGUAUGUUUUUGCACUGAAAUGAUUGUUUUUACUCUUGUUUAGUGAUAACUGUCUUUAAGUUGUUAGCCUUUAAUGAGUGUAUGUUUACAAAGGGCAAAUGAACACUUGAUAUUGUGAAAUCAGACCUCAGAUAUUUUUGUUUGACAUUCAAUUUGUAAGUCUUAAAAUGAGCUAUUUUCCUCUAUACAGUAUUUUUGUGCUUUAUUCUUUAAAAAAGCCAACAUGAGAUUAUUAUAGUUUAGUAUGAGGGUUAUUCUUAUGUGUGGUAUAGCAUAGCUGAAAUAGAAUUAUAUUUUAAAGUAUUGUUGACAUCAUUCCCAGUAUCAUUAUUUUUCUGUAGGUGAAUACAAAAAUUUUUCUAUUAGAAAAAUCUUUAAAUUUCUGACUUAAGAAUACCCCGGAGGUUGUUGAAAUACAUUUUUGAUGAAAAUAAAAUGAAAAUCUUUUAAGGGAUCAUGUAAAUAUUGAAGUUGGAUUUAUACAGAAAUUAUUUUUAUACAUUUUUGGGACAGUUUGUCAUAAGUGUGUAUUUUAAAAUAAAUACAUACAAAGUGUUUUCCAGUAUGGCUGUGUUUUGUUUGGAUAGAUAAUCUUACCAAAUAUCUUUAGUUUUCUUUUUUUACGUUAAGCAAUGAAAGGUGGAAUUCUCCUUUUUGCUACAGGCUGUGUGCUCUGCAGUGGUAGUUUCAGAUUGGCCAGAUCAAAUAAGAGCUCUUCAAGUCUGUAGAAUAAUAUGUUUCGUUUGUCUCUUAGACUUAAAGAACUUGUCCACAACUAGCAUUCAGAGUGGCU